UCUCCGGUCUCUGGGCCGAAAGGAGCCCGGGCCGAGAGAGGGGAAGGAUGGAGAAUCUGAGGCUCAGCCUAGCGGCUUCGCUGCAGGUGGUGGCGCAGAAGAACGAGAGGAGCAGUGGCGAGCUCAGCAGGUUCCUCGCCAAACAGGUCUGGAAUCGGCAGGACCGGCAGUGCAUCCUCAAUGCCUUAGGACAGUUGUUGCUGGACAAAGAAUGCACUCUUUUGAUCAGUCGUCAGUUUCGUCCAAUACUUCUGGAUCUCUUGGAAAGAAAUGCGGAAGUUAUUAAAUCUGGUGGCCAGAUCAAUUAUGAUCUUCAUGAAAGAUUCUGUGUAGCAAUGAGCAAACUUAUUGGUGAUCAUCCAGACGUGAUGCCAUUUGCUAUGAGAUAUUUUAAGGAUACUUUCCCAGUGUUCCAAAGACUGUUUCUGGAGAGUUCAGAUACAAACACUGUUCGGUAUGGGCGAAGACGAAUGAAGUUAAGAGAUCUCAUGGAAGCAGCUUACAAGUUCUUACAGAAAGAACAGUCUAUAUUCAGAGAGUCAUGGGACUGGAGUGUUUGUGUUCCAUUACUGAGGAGUCAUGAUACUUUGGUCCGAUGGUACACUGCCAGUUGUCUUGCUUUGGUUACGUGUAUGAAUUAUGAAAAUCGAUUGGCUUUCCUAAAGAAGAUCUUUAAUUCAGAAGAAUUGAUACAUUUCAGACUUAAAUUGCUAGAAGAAUCACGGAUGCAGAAUGUGGAGUGUGCCCUUGUCUUGGCCAAUACAGACACUUCUUUUUGGAACAAAGAGAAGGAACUGCAAUAUACUCGUGGUGAGAUAGUAUCUGCUGAUCUUUCUGCAAAGGUAGUAGCAGUCUGUGGAGUUGUGCUACCUAGGCGGAACUCUGAGCCUGGGGUAAAUCAGGAGAACAUCUUGAACCAGUUUGUGUUGGUGGAAUCCACCUGUACAAAUCUUCAAAACCUUGCUAUGGCUGUAGCUUCACAGAGCGCAGUGUUACUUGAAGGGCCAGUAGGAUGUGGCAAAACAUCUUUAGUUGAAUACUUGGCAGCAGUUACAGGAAGAAUAAAACCUCCUCAUAUUCUGAAAGUCCAACUGGGAGAUCAAACUGACAGCAAGACCUUACUGGGCAUGUACCGUUGUACAGAUGUACCAGGUGAAUUCGUGUGGCAACCAGGGACCUUGACCCAAGCUGUCAGCAAAGGGCACUGGAUACUUCUGGAGGAUAUUGACUAUGCUCCUUUGGAUGUGAUCUCUGUAUUGAUUCCUCUUUUGGAAAAUGGAGAACUAUUGAUUCCUGGGCGCAGUGACUGUAUAAAAGUGGCUCCUGGAUUCCAUCUUUUUGCAACAAGAAGAGUCUUCAGCUGUAGUGGUGGUUGGUACAGACAACAGAACACCCAUGCUACUCUUUUGGACAAGUACUGGACGAAGAUUCGGCUGGAUAAUAUGAAUAAGGCUGAACUCAAAGAGAUUCUUCAAAGGAGUUAUCCUAAACUAUCCACAGUAAUGGAUCACCUACUAGACAUCUAUACUAAACUGAGUGGCAGCAAACAUCUGUCUGAAAAUAAUAUUUCAGGAGAUGAGAACAUGACAGAAGAUGCAUCUCAUUUAUUACCAGAAACCAAAAGGCCGAGUUUAGAGGGCAGAGAGUUAUCUCUGAGGGACCUACUGAAUUGGUGCAACAGGGUUGCUUACGGCUUUGACAGUUCUUCUCCUUCCACUGCGCUGAACAUUUUUCUUGAGGCAUUGGAUUGUUUCACGGCUAUGCUGUCCAGGCAUAGCAGUAGAAUGAGGAUGGCGGAAGUCAUUGGCAGCAAACUGAACAUUUCUAAGCACAAGGCUGAAUACUACUGUCAACUUCAUAAACCAGAAAUUGUAAUUGGGGAAGAAGAAGUCACAGUAGGAAGAGUCCAACUCUUUAGGGACAAAACCCAUUCACUUCUCAUGCAAAGGAAAAAGCAGACCUUUGCACCCACACGUCCAUCUUCAGUGUUAAUUGAGCAGCUUGCAGUUUGUGUUGACAGAGGAGAACCUGUACUGUUGGUUGGUGAAACAGGGACAGGCAAAACAUCUACUGUUCAGUACCUGGCUCAUAUUACAGGACACCACCUGAGGGUUAUCAAUAUGAACCAGCAGAGUGAUACUGCAGAUCUGCUAGGGGGGUAUAAACCAGUGGAUAAUAAAGUGAUUUGGUUGCCCUUGCGAGAGUCUUUUGAGGAGCUUUUUGCUCAGACAUUUUCCAGAAUACAAAACCAGACUUUUCUGGGGCACAUUCAGACAUGUUAUAGGCAGAAACGAUGGCAUGAUCUUCUCAAACUCAUGCAGCAUGUUCAUAAAUCAGCUGUUAAUAAAGAAGCAGAAGAGAAUGCAUCUGGUUCUCCUUUGAAGGAAAAGUGGAAAGAAUUUGGGAUUCGACUGAAUCAUGCUCAGCAACAAAUGAAGAUGACGGAAAAUUCUCUGGUCUUUGCAUUUGUUGAGGGCAUACUGGCACAAGCUGUGAAGAAAGGUGAAUGGAUUCUACUGGAUGAGAUUAACUUGGCUGCAGCAGAGACUUUAGAAUGCCUGAGUGGUUUACUUGAAGGUCUCUCUGGUUCAUUGGUAUUGCUGGAUAGAGGAGACACAGAGCCAUUGGCACGUCACCCAAAUUUUCGUUUGUUUGCUUGUAUGAAUCCAGCUACUGAUAUUGGAAAAAGAAAUCUACCUCCAGGAAUACGGAACAGGUUUACUGAACUUUACGUACAAGAACUACAAAAUGAGGAAGAUCUGCAGAUUCUUAUCCUGGAUUAUCUGAAAAGUUUGAAUGUCAGCAAAAAUGUAGUGCAAGGGAUCAUAAGCUUCUAUUUGUCUGUGAGAAGAGAGUGUGAAACAAAGCUGGUAGACGGGACAGGCCACAGGCCUCACUACAGCCUUCGUACUCUGUGCAGAGCUUUGAGAUUUGCUUCAUCAAACCCAUGCAACAAUAUACAGCGUUCACUUUAUGAGGGUUUUUGCCUGGGCUUCCUCACACAGCUUGACAGAGUUUCUUACCCAAUAGUUCAAAAGCUAAUAUGCCAUUAUAUCCUUUCUGGAAACACAAAAAACACCCUCAAACAGCCUUUGCCAGAGCCUAAAGGAGGCAGAAUGAUAAAAAUAGAAGGAUACUGGAUUUCAGCUGGUGAUAAAGAACCUACUGUGGAUGAAACUUACGUGCUCACACCUUCAGUUAAACUUAAUCUCAGAGACAUCGUCAGAGUUGUAUCAGCUGGGACUUACCCAGUGCUGAUUCAAGGAGAUACUUCCAUUGGUAAAACCAGUUUAAUCCGCUUUUUGGCUGCUGCUAGUGGAAACCAUUGUGUUCGAAUUAACAAUCACGAACACACAGACAUUCAAGAGUAUAUUGGCUGUUACACAUCGGAUGAAUCUGGCAAACUGAUAUUUAAGGAAGGUGUCCUUAUUGAUGCUAUGAGAAAAGGCUACUGGGUAAUCCUGGAUGAACUGAACUUGGCGCCUUCUGAUGUUUUGGAAGCACUAAACCGAUUGCUAGAUGACAACAGAGAGUUGUUUAUAACGGAGACUCAAGAAACUGUCAAAGCCCACCCAAGGUUUAUGCUUUUUGCUACACAAAAUCCACCAGGGGUCUAUGGAGGCAGGAAGGUAUUGUCCAGAGCCUUCAGGAAUAGAUUCGUGGAGCUGCAUUUUGAUGAAUUACCAAGUUCAGAGUUGGAGACCAUUUUACACAAACGAUGCCAGCUUCCACCUUCUUACUGUUGUAAACUUGUUAAGGUCAUGUUGGAUUUGCAGUCUCAUCGCAGAGGUUCAUCAGUGUUUUCAGGGAAACAUGGAUUUAUUACUCUUCGUGAUCUCUUCCGUUGGGCUGAAAGGUACCGAUUGGCAGAGCAAAAGGAGAAGGACUAUGACUGGCUUCAGCAUUUAGCAAAUGAUGGGUUUAUGCUUCUGGCAGGGAGAGUCAGGAAACAAGAAGAAGAGACGGUUAUUCAAGCUGUCAUUGAAAAACACUUUAAGAGGAAAUUGAAUCCCCAUUACCUCUUCUCAGAAGAAAGUAUGAUGAAGCAAAUGAGUCAGUUUACAGAAACAGCAUCUCCAUUGAUGUCUGUAAUGGAUGACCAGUUCAGUCACGUUGUAUGGACUCGAAGUAUGAUGCGGCUUGCAGUGUUGGUAGGCCGAGCAUUAGAGUUUGGUGAGCCUGUACUACUCGUUGGAGACACAGGGUGUGGAAAAACAACCAUUUGUCAGAUGUUUGCUGCCUUAGCCAAUCAGAAGUUGUAUUCUGUAAAUUGCCACUUGCACAUGGAGACAUCUGAUUUCUUGGGUGGUCUGCGACCAAUUAGGCAGCGGUCAAAGGUCAAGGAGGACUUGGACCAUCCUAGGCUGUUUGAAUGGCAUGAUGGAGCCCUUGUUUUAGCGAUGAAAGAAAAUGGCUUUUUCCUCAUGGAUGAAAUUUCACUAGCUGAUGAUUCUGUCCUAGAAAGACUUAAUAGUGUUCUCGAAACUGAAAAGAUGUUGGUGUUAGCAGAAAAAGGUAGUGAGAAUGAUGAAGUAGAGCUACUCACUGCAGGAAAGAAAUUCCGUAUUUUAGCCACAAUGAAUCCUGGGGGAGACUUUGGGAAGAAAGAGCUGUCUCCUGCCCUGCGUAAUAGAUUUACAGAAAUAUGGUGCCCACAAAGCAGCCAUCAUGAAGAUUUAAUACAGAUUGUAAAGCAUAACAUUCAUCCAGAACUUUGUCUGGUUGGAACAAACCACAAAGGGAAUGAUAUAGCUGAAGUCAUGAUUGAUUUCAUUGAGUGGGUGACAAACCAAGAAUUUGGACGCCAAUGCAUUCUCAGCAUCCGGGAUGUUUUGUCAUGGGUCCACUUUAUGAAUGCCAUGAUGAAAGACGGUCUGUCAUAUUCCUCCAAGGAGUGCCAGUUGUUUAGCAUCUCUCCAGUGAUAUCAUUUGUACACGCUGCGUGUCUAGUGUACAUAGAUGGAAUAGGUUCAGGCACAAUGGCCUGUUCAGCUGAUUCCGCUUUGCUGGCUCGUGAAAAAUGUUUGAAAUAUUUGUGUGGAAGGCUUUCCCAAGUUGUGCAACUCACCAAGGGUCAGAAGAAAGAACUAAGAAUCUAUGACUUGAAGAAGAAGAGGGAAAUUGUUUGGAUGGAGAACUGUGUAGGAAUCUAUCCAUUUUUUAUACCAAGAGGUCCUCUUUACCAGAAGAAGAAUGUCUCAGACUAUGCUCUAAAUGCAAGAACCACAGCAAUGAAUGCGCAACGCUUGUUAAGAGCCUUGCAACUUGACAAGCCCAUUCUCCUGGAAGGCUCUCCUGGUGUUGGGAAGACCAGCUUAGUGUCGGCCUUGGCGAAGGCUUCAGGAAAUUUCCUUGUUAGAAUCAAUCUUUCUGAACAAACGGAUGUCACAGAUUUAUUUGGAACAGACUUGCCUGUGGAAGGAGGCAAAGGAGGGGAGUUUGCCUGGCGAGAUGGACCUUUGCUCGCAGCUUUAAAAUCAGGACACUGGAUUGUAUUAGACGAGCUAAACUUGGCUUCUCAGUCAGUGCUGGAAGGUUUGAAUGCUUGUUUUGAUCAUCGGGCAGAGAUUUACAUUCCUGAGUUGGGGAUGAGCUUUCAAGUUCAACACAAGACGACAAAGAUCUUCGGAUGCCAAAACCCCUACAGGCAAGGAGGUGGCAGAAAGGGUCUGCCCAAAUCCUUUCUUAACCGAUUAACACAGGUCUAUAUGGACCCCCUUUCUGCAGCAGAUAUGGAGUACAUUGGGAACACUCUUUUUCCUGCUAUUGGUGAUAUAUUUAUUUCAAAGAUGGUUGAAUUCAACAACAAGAUUAACCAAGAAGUUAUGAUUGAGAAGAAGUGGGGACACAAAGGUAGUCCCUGGGAGUUCAAUCUGCGUGACCUUUUUCGAUGGUGUCAUGUGAUGCUUCUUGACCAAUCGCCUGGCACUUAUGAUCCAGGUCAACACAUGUUUUUGAUAUACAGUGACAGGAUGAGGACAGAAGCAGACAGAGAGAAGGUCAUAUCUGUAUUCAAGGACAUUUUUGGCCAGAGUGCUAAUCCAUAUAUGGGAACUAGACAGUUUCAUAUCACUCCUUAUGAUGUUCAGAUUGGUUUUUCAAGCUUGCCCCGUGCCAACUAUGUUCCUCCUCCUGGCAGAAAUCUGUCAUUGCUCCACCAUUCACUCCAGCCUUUGGAAUCCAUCAUGAAAUGUGUGCAGAUGAACUGGUUGGUGAUACUGGUGGGUCCUGCCGCUGCUGGAAAGACCAGUCUCGUUCAACUUCUGGCAUAUCUAUCAGGUCACAAGUUAAAGAUCAUGGCAAUGAAUAGUUCUAUGGACACAACAGAACUCUUAGGAGGAUUUGAACAAGUUGAUGUCAUAAGGCCGUGGAAGAGCUUUUUUGAGAAGGUGGAAAACGUUCUGAUCACUCUUCUAAGGGAGAACCUCCUCCAUGCUGCUAUCCACUCAAAUGAAGUUGAAAUUUUGUUGCGUGCUUGGAGCAAUUUCAUUCUUAAUUUCAAGCCCAGAUCUCUGGGACAAGGGGACCAAAAUAUCACUGAACUAUUGACUAAAUUAGAAGAACUGCUUCAGCUGAUCCAACGGCUAAACAACAGGACCCACACCUACUCAAGGUCAGAGUUCUCAAGUCUUGUGGAAGAGUUUAGAUGCUUCAAGCUGCAGGUGGUUCAGUUUUUGAACAGCAGCCACCAUGGUACAUUUGAGUGGGUUGAUGGAAUGUUGGUCGAGGCUUUGCAGUCUGGAGACUGGCUUCUGAUGGACAAUGUUAACUUCUGCAGCCCUUCUGUUUUGGACCGCUUGAACGCUCUGCUUGAACCUGGAGGGGUCCUUACCAUGAGUGAAAGAGGAGUAAUAGAUGGUGUAACCCCCACUGUCUCUCCUCAUCCAAAUUUCAGGCUGUUCCUUUCAAUGGAUCCUUUGCAUGGGGAAGUAUCCAGAGCCAUGCGGAAUCGUGGGAUUGAGAUAUACAUUCCUGGGGACAGUGAUGAGAAUUCAUUUGACUGUCAUGAUGUGAAACUGCUGUUACAUGGAUUAGGAUUGCUGGGAAAUAGCAUAUGUGAUGCACUUGUGGCUGUGCACACAGAAACAAAUGAAAUCAUAGCAGGUUCUACAUGCUCGCUGUCGUCUUUAAUUCACGCUGCAACGCUGAUCGUGCAGCAGUUGCAUCGAGGGAUUAGCUUAGCUAAAAGCUUCUAUAGAGCUUGUUGGGAGGUCUACAUUUGUUUACAACAGUCACAAGACAACCGAAAGCUUGUGCUGGACUUGAUAAUGAAGCAUGUUUCAGCUUUGGCUACCAGCGACACUAAGGGUGAUUCCCUGCUUGCCUUGGGAUUGUGGCCAGAUUCAGCAGCCAGUGCUUCGUUUGCAGCUGAGGAUUCUUUCCUUGCUAUGGUUCAGAAUGAUGCCCAGGUCUUGGCACAUUGCCUGAAUAGGCUGAAUCUUAAAAACAGCAGGACCCUGCCUCUUACUAUACAAGAUUUUCAGAAAAUUCUGCAGUGUCCUAAUCCAGAGUGUCUCAAAUUCAAUGGGGUUGAGAUAGAGGAGUGUUGGACAGAUGACAUGGAGGUCCUUUCAGCUUCCGUUAAAUUGUUCAUACAGAAGGCUUCCAGUCAGGACUGGUCACUGCGAGUUGAGUGGCUCAAUCAGUUAAAAAAGAACUUACCACAAGUGCCUGCUUUAGUACACACUCAGCUGGAAGCUGGUGCUGCGUCUCUGAAUAAUCUUUACUUCAGUCCCCUCUUCAGUGGAAUCAGUAAUGUAAUCAAGAUGCUACAACCACAUACAACAGAUGAGCAUGUGAUUCCCAUGGAUCCAAGAUGGAACAUGCAGGGCUUCUAUAUAAGAAAUUCAGUUAAUUUUGACACAGAAGUGGAACAUUCAGAUCAGCUGUUUACUCUUCUGAAGUCACAUUCAAAUCGGGCAAUAUUGUUUCUUGACCGAGAAAAAAAGAACUACAUUGAAAGAAGCGUGAUUAACAUGAAAAAAACAAGAAAUAGUGCCUUAAGGGUAUCUCUAGAGUUCCACAGAGACUCAAGCAACUAUAACUCACUUCCGCAUCCUGUUGUGGCUAAUCUUGCGGCAUUUUUUGAACACUGGGAUGCCUACAUGUUAAACUGGGUAAAGUUUGCUCAAGUGGUUGUGUCUGAUGAAAAAUUACACAAAAUACUGCACUGCUUAUUGUGGCGCGAUCGGUUUUGGACAACAUCUGACACCGUGACUGUAGAUUCUUCUGGCUUGACACUCUUGUCUCUUCACUGGCACUGGGUGGUGAAACACUUAAUCAGCAACAUUCCUGAGCUGCUGAGUGGAUUUGAGCAGCACAAGCUGUCCAAAGAUAUUGAGUCUGUCGCACAGCAAAUUCAGAAUAGCCUGGCAAGUCCCGCUAGUGUUUCUGCCAGUGUUAAGAAGCUGCAGAAGUGUUUGGGAAAGCCUCUUCCCUUCAAGGAUAAAGCAGUAGUAGAAUGUGCUACCCAUCUGCAAAAGCUCUCCAAAGCCCUGAGCGUCCUGGAGAUGAGGCCAGCCUUUGGCGAUGAUCAGAAGCAGAUAUGUACUCUGAAGACAGCUGCCACUGAAUGGGAGAUAAGAAAAGCAUUGCUUCAAGCUCAAGGCCUAGUUCUCAGAGCUAACCACUUGAAGGACAUUAAUUCAGAUGAAUUACAAACCUUUGUGAAUCUCCAGCAUUCAAAGCUGAAGCAAGAAAGGGUCUUGGUUGAGUCUCUUGAAGAAAAAUAUGCUGAGUAUCCUGUCACCAAGCAGACAGACCCUUCCUUAUUGACUCAGCUCUGCAGUAGGGUUCAGCUGUGGCCUGCGAUGGAGUAUCUGGCACUGUUAUGGCAGUACAAACUGACUGCAGAUUGUGUUUCCAAGGCAUAUAUGCGAAGGGAAGAUAGCAAUCAGCAGUUAAGCAUACAUUCAGAAAUAAGGCAGUUUAUUGCUUUCUGCCUUAAGUUUACACCUGCUACCUCACAGCAGCUUCAAGGACUUUUUUACCUGUUGGAUCUUCAUAUGGUGUCUUCAGAAGAACUUUCUCUCUUGUGGUCAGAGCUGGUGAAUGCUGCUUUAGCUUCAUUCUGGAGCACUACUGUAACCACAGAUCCAGAACAUUGGCUAGCCUGGCGGCCGGCAUCUGAGGAGGAGAAGAAGAUGCCCAAAUCCCUCAUGGACUGUUCUCUUAAGGGUGUGGGCAUUUUGAGUCGAGCUGUUUUCUCCAAGUGCCUCUCUGAAAUUCUGACUAGCAGCAGCAAGUGGAGCCAGUGGGAUGUGACGGGCCUUCCUGUUCUGUCAGCCUCCAAUGUGACACUGGGAGAAUGGCUGGAGAGAGCACAGCAGCUUCAGGAAGUCAGCACAGUUCUGUGGAACAACUUGGCCUUUUCAUCCAUGGCUGAAUUUAGAUUUACCGAUUCCAGGUUACAGCUUAUCAUAUUAGACAGGCAACUUAUGGCUCUUAAAGACCUGGUUCCAGUACAACUGCGAGACGAAUACCUCAGAAACUGUGAUAAGCUUUCUUCCAGGGAUCCAGUGGCUUUGCAGUACUUCUUCAAAGUACUCAGGGAAAUUGCUGCUCAGGACAUAUUACCUGAAGAGGUUCUCUGUCUCUGGAUGACUUGUUUGCAGCAGUUCUUUGGGCAGGAUGGAGGGCCCCAAAACUUGCCUGAAGCCGUGCACCGUGGCAGUCUCUGGGUAAAUCUUGGUCUUCUGCAGAUCCACAUAUGGCUUCCACAGACUCGGUUUGAUCCUGCAGUAAAAAGAGAAUACAAACUCAAGUAUGCAACAGAAGAGUUGCACCGUCUAGAAUGUGAAUGGAAGACACACAAUCUAUCAACUCGGCUACUCACAGGAAAAGAUCUUGAGGAUGAAACAAUCAGCAGGCACAGUCACCCACAUAUUAGGAUGUUAUGCCAAAGAAUGCAGAAACUGAAGAAUCAGAUUGGCAGCCUUGGCCGAAAACAAGCCUUUAGACCUCAGAGCCCUUCCUAUGACUGCUUAUACCAAGAGGUUCAUCAGUAUGUCAGCAGCAUCGCCCAGACUUCAAAAGUGCAGGAUCUCUUGGCUCGCCUUCUGCAGUUCCUGCAUGGGGAUAAGUCUCAGCCAGUCCAGAAGGUGCUCAGUGAAGAAGCAGCCUGGCAGCAGUCACACCAUCAGUUCAGAAAACAUUUGACAGAGGACUAUGCUGCUUUCCCGGAUGUAGUUACUCCGCUGCAGGCUGCCAUUUUGCAAAUGCAGCAUGGCCUGAGACUUGUGGCUUCUGAAGUCCAUAGGACAACACUGAGCAGUUUGGUCUGCCCGGCCAAGCUCGGCACUCUGGUUGCUUCUCUGAUGUCAUUUCCUUCUGUUGGAGGCACCUUCCCCACGUACCUUUCCCAUGCAGAUGCCUUGUGCUCUGUGAACUCUCUAGAUGUUCUUCGCAGUCUUCAGAGGCUGUCUCAGAAGUACUCCAUUGAAGGUUCAGACAGAGAGCAGAGGAUGUGCCUUACGCAAGAGCAGCUGCUGGUGAAUGCUUUAUUGUAUCUUCGCUGCCAUGCGCUGUCUAAGGGAGAACUGGACCAUAAGUCUCUGCAACUUUUUAAACAUCUGUACCAGGUAAUAAUAAAUGAAUGGGAUGAACAAGAGCGUCUGGUACAGGAAGAGGAGGAACAGAAAAACAUUCUGUAUAAAUACAGGACCAAAAGUCAUGGGAAUGGCAUGAGUGAAGAGGAGGAAGAAGAGAGAGAGUUUAGAAAAACAUUUCCUCUUCAUGAAAAGGAUUUUAAAGAUAUUACAUCUCAAGCCAACCUUGAGGAAGAAAUGGAAACUGAAGAUGGUUUAGAAAACAAAGUUGCCUUUGAAACACCUCCUCUUUCCCAUCACUCACUGAAAACUAUCAUGGCAGUUCAUCAGCAGCUAUGCCUUUGCUUCGCUCGAUCUUUGUGGUAUCAGCAAAACCUGUCCUCGGUUCAGACUAAAUAUCUCUUGAAUACAUUUAUCUCCUGUUACCAGACUGGUGCUUCACUGGUGGCCCAUUUUUAUCCUUUGAUUGGUUCUGAAAUGAAUGACAACCUACAGGGCUGCCAACUUCUUGCUAGCACAAUACUGCAGAAUACGCUUUUUGAAGAAGGGACUUCAGACCUUGCCUUGCAGCUUGAAGGGUCAUAUGACUUCUAUCAUCACCCUAACAUUCAGCAAGUUCAACUAUGCCAACCUGUCCUUGAAAACCUCACUAAAGAAGUGAAAGCACUGUUGCAAGAAUGGCCUGAACACCCUGUGCUUGAGCAGCUCUUGGUUGUGAUGGACAGAAUCCGUAGCUUUCCAGUCUCCAGUCCCCUCUCAAAGUUCCUGAAUGGCUUAGAAAUUCUGCUUGCCAAGGCUCAGGAUUGGGAAGAGGCUGCUAGUCGAGCAGUGUCUCUGAGGAAACAUCUUGAUUUGGUCACUCAGCUCAUCAUCCAGUGGCAUAAACUAGAGCUGAACUGUUGGUCUGUUAGUCUUGACAACACAAUGCAGCGUCAUACAGAAAAGUCUAUGAAACACUGGCUUUCAAUCUAUCAGAUUAUAGAGAAAUAUCGGCAAGAGCAGACAGAGAAGAAAGCUGAAGAAAUGAAUUUAACAGCAGUGGUCAGUAUGCUGCAGGCUUUCAUAGAAGGAUCCACCCUGGGAGAAUUUCACACACGACUUCAAAUGUUGCUGGAAUUCCACUGUCAUGUCUUGCUAAUGCCACAGGUGGAAAGUAAUGAUAUGUUGGGCAAUGUACUGUGGAAUCUAUAUCAUUACUAUAAGCAGUUUUCAGAGUGUGUCCAGGCAACGCUGACUGAAUUACGGCAGCCAAUUGAAAAAGAACUGAAGGAGUUUGUGAAAAUCUCAAAAUGGAAUGAUGUCAGCUUUUGGGCUGUAAAACAGUCUGUGGAGAAAGCUCACAGGACACUUUUUAAAUUUAUGAAGAAAUUUGAAGCUGUUCUCAAUGAACCAUGUCGUUCGGCUUUAAUGGAGACAGCCAAAGAUGAGCAAAUAGUUUCUUUGCAGAAGCAGGAGAUAUCUGAGAACCAGGAGACAAAAAUUCAGAGCCUGCACAAUAUAUUAAGAAAAAAACUGGCUACUAGAAUAGAUGCUGUUCAGGCUACUCAUUUAGAGGAAUUCCAAGCAGAUGUGUUUCAUCCUGAAUCCCUUCAGGCUCGCUUGCCUAAACUUACAAAGCGGAUGGCAAAGAUAUGUACAACUCUUUUGAAGAACAACUCAUUUUUGGAUCUGGUGGAAAACCUUGACCAAUUCACAGGUGAUGUAAUUUCCUCUGCGCAUGAGUUGCAAAACAUGUCUGUGAAUCUGCUUGCAAAUAAGGAAAAACAGAAGUCAGAGGCCAAGCAUUUACUUGUGCAGAAACAGAGGGCUCUGACAGAGCUCUUUAAGAACCUUGCAACUACAGGGUUGUCAUAUCGCAAAGGCCUUGCUUGGUCUCAUUCAAAAACUUCUCAGGAUCUGCUUUUCCUUCGUCCAUUGGAUUUGCGCAGUGCAUUGGCCUUGGUUAAUUGCACACACAAAUGGGACACAGCGUUGCUAUCUGAGAUCUCUUCAUCCUGGGAUGGAUGCCAGAAAUAUUUCUAUCAGUCUCUUGCACACCACUGCAGGCUUCAGACAGCAUUAUUGGCACCUUCAAAGGAAAUUGGGCUUGGUAUGAUCGAAAGAUGCAAAGGAUUCACUGCACACCUGAUGAAGAUGCUUGUGAAGCAGAGGCGCACUCUCACUGGCUUGACAGAGCAGUGGAUUAUCUUGAGGAAUCUUCUGAGCUGUGUACAGGAGAUUGAUGCAAAACUGAUCGUCCAUAAUGAAUAUGAUGUAGCAUUUCCUCCUCAAGAUGGCAUUCAGCAGUGGACUGACAGGUUACAGUACCUUGCCAUGCAGGCUGUGAUGGUCCUUGAACAGUUGUCUUGGCUUAUAGAGUGUUGUCCAAAAGGCCAAUUCAUUAACACUCCCAGGACAGAGAUGCAGUCGGCCAGUCUCAAAUGUGAAGGAACUGAACUGAACCCAACAAAAGUUCCAGUGUCAAUACCCAAACAUAUCCCUUCAGAACUACAGUAUCUCACUCCAGUGGCCUCAGAUCAGCUGCCCUUUGGGUGCAAGAUGAAAAAACAGGAUCCACAAUGUCAACAGUUGGCUUCCAGGGUGAAGAAUAUGCUAGUGGAAGUUAAGGCAAUAAAAGCAGAUGUGGACAGAGUAAGACAGCUAUCUUGUGAGACUCUUUUCCAUUCAUGGAAAAGCUUUGAAGUAUGCUCGUCAGGGAUUGAAUCUUUGUUUCAUGUUUCAACUCAGCUGCAAGAUAUAGAGUCUUCAUUUGUUUUACCAGAGACGGAACUCAACCAAACUGCAUCUCAGACAGCGCUAAUCAGAAGCCUUGUAUACAUCCAAGGAGAAAUUAAUAGAAGUGUAGAUGACUUUGCUAUCUGGAAGACACAACUGUUCAGUUCAAUAUCACAUUGUGAUGGGGACCAAAAACCAGAUGAUGGGUUUGUAGAGCACUUUUCUGGACAAGUAGAACUUGCAAUCCAUGCUAUCUUGAGUGCUAUACAGUGUUUAGUACAAAGAAGAAAAGAACGCGAAGAGAAAGAAACCUCUUUGGAGGAUGGGGUGCCCUCAACUGACAGGCUGAAGUCAGGGCUUUUGACUAAGUUAUUGGAUGAAGAUAUCUGUUCUGAUGUGAGUUCUUUGCAUGCACAGAAAAUAAUUUCAGCCAUUUCUGAACUUCUGGAGCAACUGAAAUCCUAUGGAGAAGAUUAUACCGCCUAUAAGUGCAAGCUUUUUAAUCAAUCUUGUUACUUACUGGUGCGUCUAAUGCCAGUACUCUGCAAGUAUUCCAGUAUUAUCCUCGUUUACCUCACUGUUUCCUUGGCCACCCACAGGAGUACUGGAAAAUUGCUUUCUGUCCUAGCUAAGAUAUUUACUGAACUUGCCCAAAAGGGGUUUUGUCUACCAAAAGAGCUCAUGGAAGAUGGAGCAGGAGAGGGAGCAACAGAUUUCCAUGACUAUGAAGGAGGUGGCAUUGGGGAGGGAGAAGGCAAAAAGGAUGUGAGUGACAAGGUAGAAAACGAAGUUCAGGUAGAAGACACUUACCAGAAGGGUCAAGAAAAGGACAAUGAAGACCCAGAAUCUAAACCAGAUAUUGAAGGAGAAGAUAAUGCAAUUGAAAUGUCGGAGGAUUUUGAAGGAAAAACUUACGAUGGAGAACAAGAAAAGCCAGAAGAUGAAAAAUCUGAUGAAGAUGAAGAAUUAGAUAAACAGAUGGGAAACCUUGGAGAUGCUGAAGCGGAUAAAUUGGAUGAGAGGCUUUGGGGAGAUGAGGAGGAAGAGGAUGAUGAGAGCAGUAGUGAGGACAAUAUAACAGAAACUGGACCAGGGAUGGAUGAGGGCAAUUCAGAGCUUGUUGCAAAAGAUGACAACUUAGAUGCUGGUAAUAAAAAUGAGAAACCACCCAAGGAUGAAGAAAAAGAGAAGGACGCAGAUGAUGGGGAAAUCGAAGAGAAAAUCCAUGAACAAACAGAUGAGCGUGAAUAUGAUGAAAAUGAGAGUGAUCCUUAUCAUGGAAAGCAAGAGAAGCAACCUGAAAUUGAGGCAUUGGAACUUCCUGAUGACCUGAACCUGGAGAAUGGAGAGAAGGAUGAGGAGGACAAGGAAGAAGAAGGAGAAAAUCCUUUUGGGAUAGAAGAUAAGAUAAUGGAUGUAGAUGAAAAGCAGGUAAAGGAGGAGGACACUGAAGAUAUGGAGGAACAUGGUAAAGAUCCUGAGCAAAUGGAAGAAGAUUCUUUUGAAGAUAAAGCAGAAGGAGACAAUAAUAUGGAGGAAGAAACAAAUGAAAAAGAAUGUGCAGAGCAUCCUAAUGAAAAUACCAGAGAAGAAGAUGAUGAUGACGCAACAGAAAACCAAAAAGAAGAAGAAGAGCAGAAAGAGACGGGCAUUCCUGCUGGUGAACAUGGCCUUUAUCCUCAGGAAGAGGAGAUUGCCGAUAAUCCUGACAAGGAUGUACAGUUACCCGACGCAGCUGAGAGACUAGAACAUGAAAUGUAUGGACAGGCAGGAGAAGAGAACCUGCAGAGUGACACUGCUGUAGAAUUGGCUGGAACUGCUUCUGAGAAAGAUACGGUUAAAGAGGAGCAUGGAAGUGGAGCAGCUGAUGCAAAUCAAUCAGAAGGCCAUGAAUCUGAGCUAAUGGCACAGAUGGCUUCUCGGAAACAAAGCAAAAAAAAGACACAGAGCUUUAAGAGAAAACCUGGACAAGCUGACAAUGAACGCUCAACAGGGGAUCACAGUCAGCAUGUCCAUAAGAGAUUAAGAAUGGUGGAGUCCAAUGGUGAAGCAGAGCAGAAGCCAAACCAGCCAGAACAAAAUGCAGAAGAAGCUGAUGCUUUUGAACACAUUAAGCAAGGCAGUGACUCCUAUGAUGCACAGACUUAUGAUGUAGCUAAUGAAGAACAACAAAAAUUGACCAUGCCUCUCAGUGAGGACAACAAAGAACCAAUUUCAGAAGAUGCAACUAUGGAACCAGAAGCUGAAAAUGCUGAGUAUCUUAAUGCUGUAGAAACAGAGAAGCUGAAUCCAGAGAUGAAAAUGUCUGCUGUUUCAAAAUCUGGACCAGCAGAGAUGGAGUUGGAAGCCCAAGAUCUCAAUUCUGAGGAUGAAAAAGAAUGUGGAACAGACAAACCAUUGUCAGAAGUCAAGCCAGACAGAAACAAAGAGUCCACUAUACAUACUGCACAUCAGUUUUUGAUGACUACCAAAAUUAAGCACAUUGUUAAGAAUCCUGAGGAGCUACGACAAGAACUAGAGAAGCAGCUGGAAAUCUUACAGGCUGGAAAAAUUGAUGAGGAGAAGGCAGCAGCAGAGAUGUGGCAGAGGUAUCUUCUACUCACUGCAGCCCUUUCCCAGCAGCUGUGUGAGCAGCUUCGACUCAUACUGGAGCCAACUCAGGCAGCCAAGCUGAAAGGCGAUUAUAGGACAGGGAAAAGGCUAAACAUGCGUAAAGUAAUUCCUUAUAUCGCCAGUCAGUUCCGAAAGGAUAAAAUCUGGUUACGAAGGACCAAGCCCAGCAAACGACAGUACCAGAUUUGCUUGGCCCUUGAUGAUUCAGCCAGCAUGAUAGAUAAUCACUCUAAACAGCUUGCUUAUGAAUCCCUGGCAGUAAUUGGAAAUGCAUUAACUCUCUUAGAAGUAGGACAAAUUGCUGUGUGUAGUUUUGGAGAAACGGUUCAGUUAUUGCAUCCAUUCCAUGAACAAUUUAAUGACCAAUCAGGAACUCGGCUAUUACAACUUUGCAAAUUUGAGCAAAAGAAAACUAAGAUAGCACAGUUUUUAGAAUCCGCAACGAAUAUGUUUGCCGCUGCACAGCAGUUGUCUCAGAACAUAAAUCCAGAAACUGCUCAGCUACUCCUUAUAGUAUCUGAUGGAAGAGGUCUGUUCCUUGAGGGAAAGGAACGUGUCACAGCAGCCGUCCAGUCUGUUCAGAAUGCAAAUAUCUUUGUCAUUUUUGUAGUGUUGGACAACCCCAGUUCAAGGGAUUCUAUCUUGGAUAUAAAAGUACCUAUAUUCAAAGGCCCAGGAGAAUUGCCAGAAAUAAGGUCCUACAUAGAAGAAUUUCCAUUUCCUUUCUACAUAAUCCUCAGAGAUGUGAAUGCCCUCCCGGAGACCCUCAGUGAUGCACUCAGGCAGUGGUUUGAAUUGGUAACUACCUCAGUCAACCUGUAAACUUUGCCUGGACAAACUGAAUUCAUCAUUGAAUAACUUGUUUAAAUGGGCCAGAAAUUAAAUAUUUAAAAUGAGCAUUCUUCCUACACAGUGAAGGAAACUAUGCAAUCCAUGAUAAACAGGGAAAAUGAGUAAAUUUACUCUUUGCCUGUAUCUGGAAACAGUGGGAAACCAUCUUCUCCCUUCAUUGCUAUCUGAAUAAUUUAUUCUAAGGUUUAUUUGCAAUGUUCAUGAGAAAAGUUAUUCCUAAAACUGUUUCUAUUGUAGUAAGAGACUAGUAAGUCAACUGAGAGUAAACUGCAACUAGAAAUGUUCAACCAUAAUAAAAAAUAUGGGUCUGUUUUAGGUUAACAUGUGUGAACGCCCUGUGGUUGGGGGGGGGGGGUUAAUGACACAGCCAAAAAAUAUUACUGGAAUACUUGAAACUGUUUGUGGUUGUUGAUUGUUGCUGGUUGUCUGAUAAUGCCAGAAGAGUAUUUUUUAUGAUAAGAAGGUGUCUGCAUUAUCAUUUUACACUGUGAAAUUUGCUCUCUGUCUAAUGCAAACAUUAAACAAACAUUUUGGUAUCCUAAAUCAUGCCCAGGACCCCCCCCCCCCCCGUCCCUUAUUUCAUUGCAAAAACUAUGCACCAUUUUAUGU